AAGCGGAGACGGGAGCUGGAGUGUCGCUACAUCGAGGAGCUGGCCGAGCUGCUGUCGUCCAACAUGGGCGACAUCGCCAGUCUCAACGUCAAACCAGACAAGUGCCACAUCCUCAAGAGCACCGUGGACCAAAUCCAGCAGAUCAAACGGCGUGAACAGGAGAAAGCAGCUCUUCUGUCUCCGGAUGACGAGGUGCAGAAGAGCGACAUCUCGUCCAGUAGCCAAGGACUAGUAGAGAAGGAGGCGCUGGGACCCAUGCUGCUAGAGGCCCUCGACGGGUUUUUCUUCGUCGUGAACCGGGAGGGCCGCAUCGUCUUCGUCUCGGAGAACGUGACGAGUUACCUUGGUUACGCUCAGGAGGAGCUGAUGACCUCCAGCGUCUACAGCAUCCUGCACGUGGGAGACCACAACGAGUUCGUACGCAACCUGCUGCCUAGAAGCCUCGUGAACGGUGUGCCGUGGCCGCAGGAAGCGGGCCGGAGGAACAGCCAAUCGUUUAACUGUCGCAUGCUGAAGCGGCCGCCGGACGAAGUCGACUCAGAGAACAUCGAAGCUCGGCAGCAGUACGAGAUCAUGCAGUGCUUCACCGUGUCACAGCCCAGGGCCCUGCAGGAGGAAGGAGAAGACCUGCAGAGCUGUCUGAUCUGUAUUGCAUGUCGGAUGCCUCGAGCUCCACCUGUCAGCACUGAGUCCUUCAUCACCAAGCAGGAUCCCACAGGGAAGAUCAUCUCCAUAGAAACGAGUGCUUUGCGAGCGACGGGCCGGCCUGGCUGGGAGGACCUGGUCAGGAAGUGUAUCUACGCUUUCUUUCAGCCGCAGGGCAAAGAGCCUUCCCACGCCAAGAAGCUGCUGCAUGAGGUGAUGACCCACGGCACCGCUAUCAGCCCGCUCUACCAUUUCACGUUAAGCGACGGCACGCCGCUCAGCGCUCAGACCCGCUGCAAGUUCUGCUGCCCCCCCAACCCUGACGUACAGCCCUUCAUCAUGGGCAUUCACACUAUUGACAGGGAACACAACACUGCUAGCUCUCAGGAAAACACUAACCCCAGCCUUCCACCUUCCCUGGGCAGCCUGGCCCAAACCCCCCCCUCCCGCUCCCCUGCCCGUCCUCCCGGCAGCAACUCCACCCAAAGCUCGGGCCUCGCCGCGUCCUCGGGCCUCCACCCAAACAACAACAACAGCAACAACAUCGUCGUCUCCUCCCACGGACACAACCCCUCCCCCGCUGCCUCCGCCUCCGCCGCCGGAUACCUUACGCCCAACCGGACGUGCCCCCGCCAAAUCAACACCCCUUCCCCUCUGAGCAGCCCACUCACAGCAACCCCUACCUCUUUUAUGUCGCCCAGGAUGCAGCGGGCCAGUCCUGGGUUAGGGGGAAGCCCUCGCGUACCGGGGAACCCCUUCUCUCCCUCCACACCGGGCCUCCACUCUCCAGCCGGAGCGCUGAGCGGUGGAGGCGGAGGCGGACUCAACCGGCAGCAGUCUGGCGGCGACGGCGGCGGCGGGUCAACGGUGGGAGGGGGUUCCUUCUCCUUGUCCUCUCCUGCCCCUCAGAGACAAGCCAGUACACCCGCCGGCUCCUCCACGCGGCCGCCAGACGGAGGCGAAGGAGGGGGAGAGGACUCUGUAAAAGCCCUCCUUCCUUCCGCCUCACAGCUCAGACUCAAUCAGCUCCUGGAUAGCAAUGGGACAGGAGCUGAAUCUAACAGCAACAACAGCAGCAUCCAUUGCACCUCAUCACCUCAUCCCAACGCCCCCGCUCCCCUUUCCUCCUCUUCUUCCUCCUCCUCUUCCUCUUCCUCUGUCGGCCCUCAGUGCCCCGCCUCCCACAGCACUCUGACAGAACGACAUAAGAUCCUGCACCGGCUGCUCCAGGACAGCAGCCCCAACGACGCCUCCUCCACCACCGAGGACGGGAUGAACAGAAGCGAGGUGGAGAUAAAGAAGGAGCCGCCUGCCAGUCCCGUGGUGAUGGCGGCGCUGGCACCUCACAAGCUCGGCUCCAGAGAGCCGCAGGAUCACCAGUUACUCCGAUUUCUGCUCGAUACAGACGAGAAGGACUUGGGGGACCUGCCGCCUCCGUCAGCUCUCAGCCUGCAGACGGUUAGGGUGAAGGUGGAGAAGAGAGUGAGCGGGGACGGAGUGGUCUGUGCAGGAGUAGCUGUUGCAGCAGGAGGAGGAGGAGGAGUGUCCAGCACCUCGGCUUGCAUCAGCCCCAAGUCGAGUCCCAUCGGAGAGAACCGGAGAGACAGCCGCAGGGACAGCCGAGACUCAACGAUGUCCGCUGGUCUUCUGGACUUGGAUCCUCUGACCCAGCUGAGGGGUCCGACUGGGUCCAAACAGGCCAGCGAGGAUUCGACGACCCCUGCUGGAGGAGGAGGAGGAGGAGGCCCCCAGCCCCAGCCCCAGCUCCAGCUCCAGCUCCAGUCUCCAGGCCCCCACUCCUCCUCAACUCAGCAGCAGCAGCAGCAGCUCCAGUCCCCCCAGUCCCUCCCCCAGUUACAGUCCCCGUCCCCCCAGCUCCACUCCCCGUCCCCCCAGCUCAAACUGCAGUCGCCCCCCCCCACUCAGCUGCAGAGCGGCGAGGCCAGCACUCCCCGCAAUGUCAAUGUGAAGAGAGAGCCGCCCGGCACUCCUAACAGAGGGCACAGUGAUGGCGGCCCUCCUUCCGGUUGCAGCCUCCAGAGUCAGACAUCUUUUGACUUCUGCAGUCCUCCAACUCCAGGCCAGACCCAGACGCAGGGAGAAGCAGAAGUUAUCAACCCGUUCAGUUCAAGCACUGGCCUAACUAAGCUGGAUGUGGCGGACUCCCAGUUCCAGCCUCUCGCUCUAUCUGACACUUUGUCCCUCGAUGCUCUUGGAAACUCGUUACAAGCUCCGUUGGCUUCACCACAAGAGCAGCGUGUGCCGUGUACGCUGGAUGAAGUGCUCGGUCCUCCGACUACACCCGAAGGCCGAAACGAUGAGAAAGCGUUGUUAGAGCAGCUGGUGUCGUUCCUCAGCGGGACGGACGAGAGCGAACUGGCCGAGCUGGACAAAGCUCUGGGAAUAGACAAACUGGUUCAGGGAGGCUGUUUUGAGUCUUUGCCCCAGACCUUCCCGACCCAGCAGCCCACUGCCUCCUCAGCAGCCAUGGACCCCAAACCGCCCACCUACCCUUCUCAAUUCACGCCAGCUCCACAAGCUCCGUUUCCUGCAGAGCUGGCGGCGGCCGCGGCGGUCGGCCCGCAGCAGGGUUUGGGGUUCGGAGCCCCGAGGGCGGCGUUCCCCGGUGGGACGGCGGGUUUAGGAGGACUGAGACCCGGCGGGACGAGACCGCAGGGGAUCGGCACUCAGAUCAGGCUGCAGCCGAACCAACUGCGCCUCCAGCUGCAGCAGAGACUGCAGGGACAGCAGCAGCUCCAGAACCGGCUGGCGGUGGUGAAUCCGUUUCCAGCAGGAGCUCAGCAUGUGAACAUUGGGAUUCGUCAGGUCCAGCAGCCUCAGAUGCCGUCGCAGCAGCCUCCUCUGAACGCUCAGAUGCUGGCCCAGCGUCAGAGGGAACUCUACAGCAUCCAGCACCGCCAGCGCCAACUGUUCCAGCAGAAGGUCAUGCUGAUGAGACAGAACAUCGCCGGCGCUCCGACCGGCACCGUGGGGCCCGUCGGCACUGCCAGGGUCCCGAAAGGCCCCGCCGCCCCCCAGCAGCAGCAACAGCAGCAGCAGCAACAGUUCAACUUCCCGGCAGGGUACAACCCGAUGACGGGAAACCCUCCUACCUCACCAAGUCACUUCAGUCCCAUUUCCGGGGGUCCGCUGGACAAAGCGCUGGCGGGCAGAGUUCCCCUGAGUAACCCGGCGCUGAUCGGAGGCGUGCAGGGCCAGUUCAGCAGCACCGUCAACUCCUCGUUACAGCAGAACCUGUUCCAGCAGUUUGGAGGGUCUGCUCUGGUCCAGCAGGAUCCACCUUUCCCUCCUGAGAUGAGCCCCACCAGCCCUUUGUUGUCGCCUCAGAACUCCACCUCCCAGAGUCCUUUGCUCCAGCAGGCCCCGCCUCCUGGCUACCAGUCACCUGACAUGAAGAGCUGGCAGCAGACGGGCCUGAGCAGCAGCAGCCUGUUCAGUCCGUCGGGGCAGAGCGCCGCACGGCAGCCGUUUGGCCAGCAGGGGGUUUACAACAACAUGAGCAUCACCGUCUCCAUGGCCGGGGGCUCGGGGGGCGUCGGCUCGUUACCUCCCAUGGGGCAACCCGUCGUCGGCAUGAGCAACAGUAACCUCAGCAACGUCGGUUCGGUGUGUAGCGACCAGCAGGUGCAGCAGGUUCAGGUGUUUGCGGACGUCCAGUGCACAGUGAACCUCGUCGGCAGCGACUCCUACCUGAACCAGAGCUCCAUCGGAGCCGGCUCUGGCGGCGGCGGCGGUGGUGGUGCCUCAUCCCAGAAGGGCCCCGGACCCCCAGGCUCCCAGAACAACCAAGCCCAGCAGAAGAGCCUCCUCCAGCAGCUGCUCACCGAGUGACACACACCCCUCUUCCUCCUCUUCUUCCUCCUCUUCCUCCUUUUAAAAAACAAAACACCCCCAAACUUCAAAGCUCUCCUUAC